GUUACUUUAGCCUGCUAGUUGUAACCGCGUUGGGGGGGGGGGAAAGGGAGCUUAUUUCGAAAGCUGUUCAAGUUCGGGCCAUCUUUUUAAGAUUUCGAUUUAUGAUCGACAUCGUACACUGUACAGUACUGGACUGAGAACAAGCAAUCUUCCCCGUGAAAAAAGUACAAGGCGUACUUCCUGUGGUGAAACUGCUUCGAGCUGGUAAAUCAGGCCCAACGCAGAGCUCCUCGAAAGUUUGUUGUUGUCACGUGACGUGAGACGAAUGUGGCGAUAAAAGUUUGUUCAGAGCGUCAAACUACUUCGCGUGCUACAACAGUUGAUAGGUCAUCGACGCCGUCUCCGCCGCAAUGCCUCAGCCGAAGUGCCGAAAGAUUGCUGUGAUCGGUUACAGAUCUGUAGGAAAGUCAUCUCUCACAAUACAGUUUGUGGAAGGACAGUUUGUCGACUCCUAUGACCCCACAAUUGAAAACACAUUCAAUAAAAUGGUCAGCGUCAAUUGUCAAGACUUCAAUCUUCAACUGGUUGACACUGCUGGACAAGAUGAAUACUCAAUUUUUCCACAGUCCCACUCAAUGGACAUCCACGGCUAUGUCCUUGUUUAUUCUGUGACAUCCAUGAAAAGUUUCGAGGUUGUUCAGGUUCUACAUGACAAGCUGCUAGACAUGGUUGGAAAGAUUCAAGUUCCAACCGUUCUUGUUGGGAACAAAAAAGAUCUCCACAUGGAAAGGGUCAUAAAGCCAGAGGAGGGAAAGAAGCUUGCUGAUUCCUGGGGUGCUGCUUUCAUGGAGUCCUCAGCCAAGGAGAAUGAAACCGCCGUGGAGGUUUUCAAGCGAAUCAUACUGGAGAUGGAGAAAGCUGACGGGAAUGCCCCGCCAGAGGAGAAGAAGUGUGCCAUGAUGUAAGGGUGUAUUGAGGACUUGGUAAAAGUAACUUGCUGAAGACAGGAGGCACUGCUCCACCAGUGUACCAACAGCGACCUCACCAACAAGACCUGGCAGUGCUGCCAUCUUCAAUUCACGCCAAACUAUUCCACAAGAAGCAGCUCAGGCAAAGAAGCACCUUCAUUGGACAUUUGCUUGAGAUAUUUGAUGAGUGGGUAUCAUUUUAGCCCAAAGAAAAGACAGAUCCUCAUUAACUGUAUCCAGAAUUCCCUCGAACAUACAAUGGUAAUUAUUUGUGAAUGCCCGAUGUUGAAACAUUGGUUUGUGUAAUUUUUGAGUGGUUGGUGUAUAGUGGUGGUGGCGGCGGCUUGACAGUUGUUGAUUCCCAGUUCACAUUGCUCUAAAUGUGGUGGUUGAUUAUGUCACAGUGGUGGACUGCCUUAGAUGCUCUACUACGAGCCUUCACAAAACACUCUUUCCACACUUCUUUCCAUUGUAAUGUUUUCAGGUUCCUUUCAAGCUAUUUAUACAUACAUACAUACCUGUGAGAUUUUCUGCUGAGCAGAUUAGUCCGCUGCCCUCACUUCUACAGUUUUAACUUUUCUAUCACCUGUAGCAAAGCUGUUAUGGAACCCUCAGAUCCGUUUACUAUAGGUUAGAAAAAUAUCUUAGAUUUUUGCCACCUAUAGUUUUUACGCAUAAAUAGAAUAGGUUUUGCUGGUCUUUUUUUGUUUGUUGAAUUACGCUGGCUUUUGCGCUCCACAUGAGUUUAGAGUAGUGCAUUAUAGUAAUUUAUCACGUCAUUUUAGCAUUGUAAAAUACAAUGAAAUGAAAAGCCUGA